CCAAAAGGCAAGAAAGAAUUCCCACAGUCACUAUUCAUAGUGGUACAGUCAUUAGCAAAGGUUCUAACCUGCACCAACGUUACGUUGUUUAAUUCAACACCGGACGACACGCCAACGACCAUGAGGGUAUUGAUAGGAGGAGGAUCUGGCUUUGUGGGCCGUGAGCUGACUCGCCUGCUGAGACACAAAGGUCAUGAAGUCACGGUGAUAUCCCGCCAGCCUGGUCCGGGGAAGAUAACAUGGGCUGAGUUGGAGUCGCACGGCCUCCCACCGUGCGACGGCGCCGUCAACUUGGCUGGAGAGAAUCUGAUGAACCCACUGAGAUGGUGGAAUGAAAGCUAUAAAAAGGAUUUGUUCUCCAGUCGUAUCGAUACAACAAAAUCAAUGGCUCAAGCCAUUGCUGCUUCCUCCAGUCCUCCUCACUCCUGGGUCCUGGUAUCAGGUGUAGCUUGUUACAAGCCCAGUCUGACAGCGGAGUACACAGAAGACAGUGAAUGGACUCCAUUCGACGUUCUCUCCCAACUGGUGAAAGAGUGGGAGGCCUCGGCACUUCUUCCUGAGGGUGUGACCAAAAACACCAAACAAGUCGUCAUCAGGUCGGGGGCAGUAUUGGGCCGCGAUGGUGGCGCCAUGAAGCAGAUGCUGCUCCCCUUCUGGCUCGGCCUCGGGGGCACCCUGGGGUCAGGAGCGCAGCCGUUUCCCUGGAUCCACGUCUCAGACCUGGCGGGCAUCAUCGCCAAGAGCCUGGAGCCCCCCGCCGCGCCCCCCCCGCCCUCGCCGCAGGUGCUCAACGGGGUCGCCCCCGCGCUGAGCACCAACCUCGAGUUCACCAAAGAACUGGGCCGGGUCCUGAGGAGGCCGACCGUUUUGCCCGUGCCCGGCUUCGUGAUGAACGCCGUGAUGGGCUCCGAGAGGGCGGUGGUGCUCCUGCAGGGCCAGAAGGUCGUCCCCAAGAGGACUCAAGAGGCCGGAUUUGUGUACACGUACCCGGACUUGACCUCGGCCCUGAAGGAGAUCGUUGGGAGUUAACAGACGUCGGAAGAACGUGUGCCGACGGCCGAGUUUCUGUAGUUGUGUGUUCAUAUUUACGGGCUUAGGAGACUUUUAACAAAUGUGACGGCCCACAUGGAUCGUUGAGCAGCUGCAGAUAUAUAUAUAUAUAUAUAUAUAUAUAUAUAGUAAUCGGUCUGAGGAGUGUUUGUCAUUGUUUCCCGUUUAGCUGCUUUUGCUCUUUUCUUUCACACAAACUCAAACGAGAGCAAACGUGCAAAACAAGUGGUGCUUUUUUUCAAUAAAAGAGAUGAUAUUUAUGAACUUUUAAGGCAACAAGGAGGAGGAAAUGUCUUAUGCUCCGUCUUGUGACUUUUUAAGUAUCACAUUACAGUCCAGAAGGCAGCAUACGUGUUGCAAGAAAUGGAAAAUCAAAAUAAAGCUGGUUAAAGAACUUA